AUGGGUUCUCCCUCCGCUCACGAACCCCCACCUUUCAAUCUGACCGAAGUGGACCGCCAGGUGCUGUCCCAGACCGACGAGGAGUUCGUCUACCAUGACUGGGAAAAUCUGAAAGAUAUUAUCGUCUCCCCCACAUCAGCUCGGAACGAUCUGGGGGCUCUGAAACGGAAGCCUUCCGAUCUGGUCCGAUACAUCGCCUGGUCGAACAAAAUCAAAGCGGAGUAUGGCAGCAUCACCAACUACAUCUGCCAGGAGCGUCUGCGGUGGCAUCAACCUAGUUCCGCAGCGGGGAGUACCCCGGUAAUUCCGUUCAAGAACCCAACCCCCUUUGCCGAUCCGGCAGACUUCAAGAUCCUCCGCAACGACUGGCCCUAUGGCGUUACGCCAGACGUCACCCACCUCGUCGUCUGGUCCAAGACGCCCAUCGCCGUGAAGCCUGAAAAUGGCGAUGUCACGGACGAGUCUCGCGCGUUGAUCGAGGACUUUGUCACCCGGACCUUCGUCGCCCGUCUGGAGCGCGACCCGCAUUUCUCAGACAAGGCCAGAAACCAUGUUCUAUGGUUCAAGAACUGGGCUGCUUUGCAGAGUGUUCGCAGUUUGGAGCACAUACAUGUCUUGACUUUGAAUACAAAUAAGAAGUGA